CUGGAAGAACAACAACAACGACAACUCCAACAGCUGCUCAUCCGGUGGCAGCAUGUCUUCUCCACCCACGAUGAGGAUUAUGGGUGCACCGAUGCAGUGAAACAUCGAAUCCCCACCGGUGAUGCAGCCCCCAGCCGCGAAAGGUACCGUCCGGUGCCGCCCACGCUCUACCAGGAGGUUCGUACCCUGCUCAAGGGCAUGUUGGAGGGAGGCAUUAUCAGGGAGAGCAGCAGCCCCUGGGCUGCCCCAAUCGUCCUGGUCCAAAAGAAAAAUGGCAGUUGGAGGUUCUGCGUAGACUACCGCAGGCUCAACAGCGUGACUAAGAAGGAUGCCUUCCCCCUGCCCCGGAUCGAAGACUCGCUCACCACCCUGUCCCAGGCGGCCUGGUACUCCACCCUGGACCUGGCUAGCGGCUAUUGGCAGGUACGGGUGGAGGAGCCAGACAGGGAGAAAACGGCCUUUACGACACCCUUUGGGCUCUUCGAGUGGGACAGAAUGCCUUUUGGCCUCUGCAACGCACCGGCCACGUUCCAGAGGUUGAUGCAGCGGUGCCUCAGCGGGCAAAUGGUGGAGUCCACACUUGUGUAUCUGGACGACAUUAUAGUGUUCUCCCCAGAUUUCUCCACCCACCUGCGCCACCUUGAGGGGGUCUUCCAGGCGAUGGAGAGAUAUGGCCUAAAACUGCGGCCAGAGAAGUGCCAGCUCCUCCGCCAAGAGGUUAAGUUCUUGGGCCACAGAGUUAGCCACCAGGGGGUCUCCCCAGACCCAGACAAGGUGUCCGCGGUGCAAGAGUGGCAGACCCCAAGGACCGUCCGUCAGGUGCGCUCCUUUUUGGGGUUUGUGGGGUACUACCGGCGCUUCAUUAAGGACUUUUCAAAAAUCGCCAAGCCGCUGAAUGCACUUCUGGGGGAUGCUGGACGGCCCCGCGGCAGGGGGUCUCCGUCUGUAGCCUGGAGCCCCGACUGCGACUCUGCUUUCCAGCGACUGAAGGCUGAAUUGCUGCAGGCCCCCAUCCUGGCGUAUGCAGACUUCUCUCUGCCUUUUAUUUUAUAUACAGACGCCAGUAAUGCAGGACUGGGCGCGGUGCUGGCCCAGGAACAGCAAGGGGCUGAGAGGGUUAUCGCGUACGCCAGCAGAAGCCUACACCCCGCUGAGAAGAACGACGCCAACUACAGCUCUUUUAAGCUGGAGCUCUUAGCGCUGAAAUGGGCACUGAGCGAAAAAUUUAAAGAUUACCUGUGGGGCGCACAGGUGACUGUGGUGACGGAUAAUAACCCCCUUGUCCACCUCCAAACGGCCAGACUAGGGGCGGUGGAGCAGCGAUGGGUAGCCCAGUUGGCUAAUUUCAACUAUCAGAUCCGCUACCGGCCAGGCAAACAACAUACUAAUGCAGAUGUGCUUUCCAGGCCAGAAGACUCAGGAGGGGUUGCUGCAGACAGGCACAUACCCACUGACUCCCCACUGGAAGAGGGUCUGAUGGUUGGAGUCAUCGAAGCGCCGGGGACGAGCAGAGCCACAACACCCGCCAGCUGGGGCUGGGACCCACGACGGUGGCGAGAGCUGCAGACAGCUGAUCCCAAUCUGCGGGUGGUCCGCGGCUACGUGCAGCGCGAGAGGUUGCCUCCAGCCCCAGAGAGACAAGCACAGACACAGGACGUGCGGCAGCUACUGAGCCAUUGGCGUCGGCUAAGCCUGCGAGAAGGGGUGUUGUGCCGGGACAGACGAGACCCGGGGACCCAGGAGGUCGUGAAGCAGGUAGUGGUACCCCGGAACCAGGCACAGCCCCUGCUGGAGGCCUACCACACCGACCUCUUCACCAAGUUUGCCUGGGCGAUUCCCACCCUCGACCAAACCGCUGUCACCACCGCCAGAGCGCUGUGGAGCAACGUGUUCCAACCAUUUGGCUGCCCCGAGACUCUGCAUUCGGACCAGGGUCCCAAUUUUGAAGCCAAGGUCAUGCAGGAGCUGUGCCAGCUCUACGGGUGUCGGAAGACCCGAACCACCCCAUACCAUCCUCAAGGCAACGGUGGAUGCGAGCGUUUUAACCAAACGCUGCUGAGCCUGCUGGGGACUUUGGAGGUAGAGCAACAAGACCGCUGGGCAGAGUACCUCCCCUCCCUAGUGCAGUCCUACAACAACAGCGUGCACAGCAGCACCGGCUAUGCUCCAUCAUUCCUGAUGUUCGGGAGGCAUGUCCGACUACCCACAGACCUGCUUCUCGGGACCACCCAGACCGAAGAGGGCCAGAGUACAACUGACUGGGUGAGUCGUCACCAUCAACGCCUGCUGUAUGCUUACGAGAAGGUCACAGAGCACUUAGGUGCUGCCGCAGCAAAGAACAAAAGGUUGUAUGACCGUACUGCCCAGGAUGCACCCCUGCUACCGGGGGAGCGGGUCUUGAUUCGGGACCACCAGCGCCGCGGACGGGGGAAGCUGUGUGACCGCUGGGAAUCCCAGCCUUACGUGGUGGUCGGCUGCCCCCGACCUGACAGUCCGGUGUACACAGUGAGGCCCGAGGGCCGGGCUGGUCCUGACCGAGUGCUCCACCGUAACCUACUCUACCCUGCCCCAACUACCCACAAGUGCGGCCCCCAGUCCCCGAAGUACCAGAGGCGCCGGCGGCACCCCCUGCACCCCUCCUGGGAUGGGCUUUAG